AAGAAUUUGUCUUGGGACCACAACAGACUUCGCUAUAAUAAUGUCACAUAUUGUCAUUGUUGCACAACGUGUUUAUCUGUAGGUCAUAGUCGAAUAGUUUUAGUUUGAAAAUGAAAGAGGAGAGCGAUAAGAGGAAGGGUGGCCAUUCGUGCCAGUUCCGCCGGAGACAUCCUGAACAUGUUUUCGGGUUCGUUCUCCGGAAGUCGCGUUGGUCGACCGCAUACAUCAUCAAGGUUUAAUAUUUCGGGUUUAAUUUCAGAAAAGCAAUCGUUACAUUUCACGGGAAUGAAAUUCUUGGGAAUUCUUGAUAUUCAGAAUACUCCAUGUGCUCGAGAAUCUAUUUUAAAUGGUGCCGGGGGAUCAGUAGUGGCAGGAUUGGUCCACUUUUUGGCAACAAGCCGUGUAAAGAGGUCAUUUGAUGUUGGUGUUGCAGGAUUCAUGCUUUCAACAUUGGGAUCAUGGCUCUACUGCAGAUAUGAUAAUGCCAAGCUACGAGUUCAACAGAAAGUCAUUCAGGAUGGUAUAAAGAAUAAAGUAAUUUAUGAAGGGACAACUUUAGAUCCCACACGUAAAACAAGAGGAGAUGCAUAAUUUGAUUGUCUCAACUGUCCAUAUAUAUAUUUAUAGUCUCAUAUCGUCUGUAAAAUGAAUGCUGAUUUUAUGUAUUUCUACUUCAUUGUUAGGUUUGAAUCAUAAAAACAUAAAAAAUAUAUGGAAUGUUUGGUUUGUAAUAUAUCAAGAAAUUAAAAUCUUCAAAAUUA